AAAAGCUGUUGGUUCCGGAGUCUUAUUGUUGCCCAUAGUACAGGCUGCGUGUCAAAGAGGCAAACAAUAUUUAUCUUCGAAGUAUGUAUAGGCACCAACACCCUACCUUUUGCAUUGGGGCGGAAAUCCAUGUAUGGAAACGUAUGAAAACUGCUCCCAUGUAGCCCUCACUGCUCUGAGAUCGAUUUUGGAGCUUCAUACAGCAAUUUCUUUCUUGUUUGCUCUUGCAAUAUUUACCCUGUUUUGACUUAAUGUAUAGCACGUAAUCAUUGGAAAUGAUUCGAAAACAAAUCUACAUAGCUGGCGUUGGGGUCGUAGUCCUUUUCGUUCUCUGCCUGACUUACUCGUUCAUCUCCCGUGGUAUGUCUUUCGGCCAUGGCCAGCCUUUUAUGCCACAUUUCCUUGGUCCUAACCUGCUGGUUUGAUGAUCCUAGACAUACUAGAAUUUUCUUCCUUUCCUCCUCCAACGGAUCCGGUCUCAUUGAAUCAGCAACCCUUCCCACAAAAGAUCUGGCAGAGCUGGAAAGAUGACUCUGAAGAUCCAACAGAGCGAACGGUCGGGUUUCCCCAUAAAUGGCGUAUGGUUAAUCCUCAACAUCGUUAUGAACGUAUUACCGACGACAACUGUAACGCCUACGUCAGAGAUCGCUUCCCUGUUGACAUAUCUCAAGUCUUUACCAGUUUGACAGAUCCGAUUCUUAAAGCCGACUUGUUGCGGUACUUGGUGAUGAUGCUGGAGGGGGGCGUUUGGGCGGACAUUGACGUUUUACCUCACCAGCCAAUAUCAUCUUGGGUCCCUGAAAGAUAUCAGAAUGCUGUCAACCUAGUCGUGGGCGUGGAGAAUGACAAGCAUAAGAGACCCAUAUGGCCCGGAUCCCCUUACUCGAUACAACUUGCCCAGUAUACAAUACUAGCGAAGCCAAAUCACCCUGCUAUCGUCACGCUCGUGGAUCAUGUAACCAAGAAUCUGGCUCGGCUAUUCGAGACCAAAAAGCCAUCCGACCGAGUUACCUUUGCGGAGGUCAUGUCAACGACGGGACCGUUCGCGUUCACCGAGGUCAUGAUGGACUACUUUACGGAAGUAACGGGGACUAAGCAUACUGGAGAUGAGCUCGACGGCAUCACGGAGCCUCAGCUUAUUGGCGAUGUUCUGGUGUUGCCAAUCGAUAGCUUCGGUUGGCUACCCCAGGAGCACCAACAUGAGGCUGGCGAUCCGUCGAUUCUAGUAGAACACUUGUUCAUAGGUUCUUGGAGGGCAGAACACCUGGGAUAACAGAACGGUCACUUUCUGUUUGUGUGUUUUGUGACUAAUAGAGACUAGCUAGGCCUAGUAUAUGAUUAACAGAUGGGUAUUAUAACUAUAUACGGUAUACUCAAUGUAGCCACACUGGUACUACGGUAGCACAAUGUAUUAUGCGUUCAAAGGAGUAACCCCAGCCUUCUUGUCAGUCUACAAGUCUUAUCAUUGAUUGGUAGAAUCGCUUGCAUUCGCGACAACAGAUAGCGUCUGCCCGGAGCACAUUCACCAUUACUGCUACUUCCUGAAUAAGACUCUGUACGUUUUCAUGCCCAUGGCGGAAAAGGAGAUGCCGCACGAUCAUCAAGGACCGGUGCACCGCAC